AUGUCCGCCGGAUUGGACUCAGUCAUCGCACCCGAACUCGUCAAGGCAAUGUCUGAACAAUUCACGAUGGAGUUAUCAGCAACAGUGCCGGCGGCAGUCUUUCAAGCGAGACCGGUAGUGAUAAAGCAAAUCAGUCUCGGACAUGCUCGAAGAGCACGCUGUGGGCGCUGUGGCUAUGGCUCUGUGUGCAUCAGAGGAAAAAGCACUAUGAUCGGUGCAGUGCGUGUGUAUGAAGUCAAAUAUGGGCCACUUAGAGGCGUGCGCAGCUGCUGCGGGUCUGUUGUCUCUCAUACUUGUACCCCUGCGCCUGGACAUAGUCCCAACAAAUGCAUAGAUGUACUAGCAAGGCACCCACUGGCUUCGUGA